UACAAAUACCCCGAGUGACGUUUAUGUAUGUCAGGUGACUAGUGCAAGGAAAUGCAGUCCCUUGGAAAACUGCUAAGGAUGAAUCGGCCGUCGAUUUAUAUUUUGCUUGUUGUCUACACAAGCAUAAUAAACGGUGUUUUGGGAGACCGCCUGACUGUACUGCGUAGCCCCGAUUAUGUGUCUUUCCUCGAUGGACAAUGGCCAGUAUCAGGAGAGAAGAUCCCAGAUCUGGUAGCGCUCACCAUGGGGUUCUCUGUUCAGGAGGAUCUUGACUGGCCUGGACUGCAGGCUGGGCCCCUGUUCCAGCGUCCCAGGGCCAAUGUGCUGGUGGUGAUCAGAGGAGUGGACAGUCUUGAUCUGCCCAAAAACAUAACCUCAUACCCUCUUGAAAAUCCUGUGCCCUUCACCCUGGACAGUGUUGCUAACACAGUACACACCCUUUUUGCGGACAGCACGCCUGUGGUGCUUCAGCUCGCACCUAGUGAGGAGAGGCUGUACAUGAUGGGCAUGGCCAACACGGUCUUUGAGGAUCUUCCGGUGACCCUCCAGCAGAUCCGUGGGCGCCUGUCCCAGGAGGGAUCUGUGCUGAACUCCUUGCCACUCAACUCUCUCAGCAAGAGCAACGAGGCUGAUCUGCUCUUCCUGUCUGAGAUCCAGGUGCUGCAUGACAUCUCCGCUCUGCUGCUCAGGCACCGCCACCUGGCCAAGGACCACGCCCCUGACCUGUACUCCCUGGAGCUCUCUGGGCUGGAGGAGAUCGGGCGCCGCUACGGCCAAGACUCGCCACAGUUCCAGGACGCCAGCAGCAUCAUGGCCAGUGUCAUGCAGAAGUUUGCCGACAACGUCUAUAGCGUCUACAACAACAAUGCAGUGGUUGAGGUGGUCACCGUGAAGAGCUUCGAGGUUCCUCUCACCAGGAAGUCUCGCUCCAUCCUUGAGUCGAAGCAGAUUAGCAACCCUGGAAGCCCCUACAACCUGGCCUACAAGUACAACUUUGAGUACGCAGUCAUCUUCAACAUUGUGCUGUGGCUCAUGAUCAUCCUGGUCCUGGCCGUCAUCGCCAUCUCCUACAGCCUGUGGAACAUGGACCCUGGGUACGACAGCAUCAUCUACAGGAUGACCAAUCAGAAGAUACGGAUGGACUGAGCACUCUAAGUCCUAUUCCCCCUGCGUGUCUCUAUCUAACAUGCCGUGGUGGUACUUGUUUUGUUUUUUCUCCUGUUAUUGUGUCCUCCCCGCUUCAUUCAGGCGAUACUUUUCUUCUCUCUUGUACAGUGAUAUUCCCUCCAAAUCAAAAGAUAUAUUCUAAAUAAGUGUAAAGUCAUGAAAAGUAUUGUUGAGAUAUUGCAGCCACAUAGAAUGUUUACUUGAUGUGUGUCACUUGAAGAGUUGAAGAAUCAAAAUUUAAUUUAUUGAUGUCUUGAUGGUGUAGAUAUUCCAGUUUGUUUUUUGCUGUAUUUCCCUCUGAAGUAUGCCUAUGACUGCUAAGGUGUAGUGCUUUCCUUUCCGCAAACAAGUGUACCAGUUUGUUCUGUGUAAUAAUAGAUCUGCAGAUGUGAUUUUUGCAAACAUAUGUUUACACUUGUGUGACAGAUGCUUGCUGAUUGUAUUUAUUGUUUUGUUGUGUUUUACUUGUCGUGUGAUUUGGACCUUUUUCCCUAUGUGACAUAAGAUCAUUCCUGUGUACAAACCUUUGUUUUGAUACUCACGUUGUAAGCAAUAUGCAAUGAGUAAGUCAGUCAGAAGAGUUGUAAAACCUUAAAUGUUUAGGUUUUCAUAUGUAUGGAUAUCGUGAGCAGUAAUGCCUGGACCUGAUCAUAUGUAAUCGCACAUGUUGAUGUGGGUAUGUGAAGAGAGAAUGAAAAUCAAUUCUCAUUUUAUCCCCAAGUUAAACAAUAAAACGAGAAAACAUUUUGAUGAA